CCUCUUUCCUCUCUAAGUCGACAGAUGAAUGAGGAAGAAAUUGGAGGUUAACAUUGGUUAUUAUUGGUUAAACAAACAAGUAGGCAACAACUCUGAUUUUUUGAGCUACCAUGACGGAUGAGAUGACAUGGAUAGACAGACUGAUAGAACAGAAAAGACUUGAACAUGCAGAACUUGCAAAACAUCCAAAACCUAAAAGCAAGCCACCAUCAGAAGGUUCAUGGAUAGACGCAUACUUUGCAAGGUUAAGUGUCGAAUUUGCAUAUCACCGUUCCCGAGAACCGCUUAUAGGUUCAAGAUCUCAAAUCAAGAAACAAGAUUUAGAGGUUUCACUUAAAAUGUUUCUCCAAGAAGCAGCAUAUGAUGCAGAUGACUGGACGGAUGUCAACAGAAGAUACGGUAACGGGAGGUCAUUCUCUAGCUUUCUUUGGAUGUUGAAAAUGUCUGGCCUGGACAAGUAUGCCUCCUAUGAGGAUAAUGACAUCGAUAUUUGUUACCAGCCGAAUACAUGGUUGCAUCUUGAGGCGUCACCAGAUGAUGUGGUUAUUGCAGAUAAAUACUAUGACGGGAGCUUGUGGUUGAUGAAACUUCUAAAAAGAAUUCGUUCAGAAUCUGGCGAUGAUUUCAGGCGAGAGCAGGCUCGGUUGUUGGAGUCUUUCCUCGAUCACCUCAUCAAGAUACAGCAGGGGCAGCAGUUUGUUGCAUAUAUAUAAUUUCUCUGAGCAUCUGGAACAAUUGAGAAAGUCUGAUGCAGUUGCAUUUUCUUCCAAUGCUGUUGAUGAUGGAGAUAGGCACAAGUGUCCUCUUAUCCUUUCCAAGCACACCGUGGACUACUAUAUUUGGCGACAAAAGCACCUAUUCGAUAGUCUGUGUACCAUGUCACGUGAAUCGGCUUGGUUGCUGAAGAAACUCAAGGAUUCCCCUUUUUCUAGUCCCUCAUCUAUCGACCAGUCCAGCAAGAUUCUUGACAUCAUCUUGGUUUAUAUUCUAAAGUUCAAGGAAUCAAAGGAAUUGUUGGAUCGGUAUCUUCAUGAUGAAUGUUGUCAUCGUUCUGUUGACCCGAUUCGAUUAGUUAUGGAUACUAAUAAAAUAUUAGUUUCCUUCGGAGGCCGUAUAAAAAAUCUCCAGGAGCAAGGCGUUAAAACAAAAUCUGUCGCGGAAACACUGCUUAAAUGUUUUGUAGAUGUAGUCGAUAUGUCUGACAAGCGAGGCAAUCCAUACGGGGACACACGUUCUUCCCUUCAAUGUGUGUUUUCUGAGGUUGCCAAGGAAACAUCAGAGCUGAUAUAUGAAGCAGUUGAGAAACUAAAAUCAGUCAAGCAUUCUGAUCUUACUGGCGGAGGCUCUCCACUUGGAUGUAUCGCUUUGUGGAAAAUUAUAUUUGAAUCAUCUCUAAUUAAUCUUCGGUUGGAUUGUAUAUGUGAAAAAUACAGUGAAACAGUCAAACUCGGGGUGAAACCGUUUGACACUGCCACAAACAAUCAACUGGAUCAAAUUAGGCUGUCGAUUAAUCAACUAUUGACAGUUGGGAAAAGCAUCCUAGUUGAAUUUAUGGACAUGCAGAAAGCGGUGGCAGAAGUUACUUAUACCCUUGGAGAUGCUUUUACAACUGGUGGUGCUGGUAUGAGGGGUUCGAGUCAGGAUAGGCGUCCUCGGACUUCUAUAUGGAAGGUGGCAGAAGUUCCUUAUACCCUAGGAGCAGGCAAGCAGGAUGACCAAGUAAUGAAUUUCAAUCUCGAUGAUUUCCCUUGGGAUAAGCACAAUGUUCCAGAGUUUUCUAAGACUGGUCCAACCCACAAAGACGAAAUCUUUUAACUGUUUUCCCUCUUGAAAAAUAUACUGUAGUAUCUUGGGAUAUUUAGAGUUUGGGUCUAAACUUUGGGACCAGCUUUGAGUUUGGGUCUUUGAAAACUUUUAAUUAGAAUUUUGGUCUCAGGAUCAUAGUUAGUUGACCAUCUUGACAGUUUUCUUUUU